GGUAGCAUGUGCCUCCAAACACUGAAAGCCCAAGUGCCCGUGAGUGAGUCAUUCGCCCUCGUCUGCUGCGUGUCUUGAGAACUUUUCCAAGAUCACGGUUUUCGGGAUUCCGCUCGGAUGUUACGUUGAUUUUCAGCUCGAAAUCCCCGUCACGCAGUGCUUGUUUCACCCCCUCGGUCGAAUUUUGUUUCGUGCACCAGUGUCUUUUUUUCGUGAGUGGUCGUCCUACAUCAUAAUCAAGUGUGCAACAACGUAUAUACUCUCUUGUGACGUCAAUCGUGCGUUUUGAAGUCCUCGGUGGCAAAAUGACAGUGUUGGUGAACGCGCCCUGAAAGUGCUCGAACUCAUCCGGAAUGAGUAGUGUUAGUGGGAACGGGGUGCCCUCGGGGGGCUCGGGGUCAGCCUCGCUCAAAGUGGGGUCGAAAGUGGGGAUGGGUCUGGGCAAGCCGGUGCCCCCUCCGACGAUCCCACAAACUUACGGAAGCACAUCCCCGUACCGGAUUUCUUCUUUGGACAAGCUCGCUCAGCGCUACAACAACCUCUCCGGCACGACCCUGAACGGAUCUAGUCUCGGUUCCACCGCCAAGGAUAAGGAACCCAGCGCCGCCCUUAACGGAACAUCAAGCUCUGAUUCACUGUUGCUCUCGAAGCGGGAGCUUUUUUUCAAAAACGAGACGGCGUCGCCAGGGGCCACGGCUACGAGCAAUGGGCCCUCGAACCCCCCGCCCGCGGUCCCCAACUCGGCGCCCCCGACGGGACCCCCCGCGCCCCCCACCGCUACCUCCCUGAAGGAGUCCCUCUCGAAAAGGAUCGCCGAAAGAGUCAACGCAGAAGCAGCAGCAUCAGAAAAUGGUACCGAGAACAAAGAGAAGUACAAUAAAUUGGAAAAGGAUAAAACUGUACCUGAGCGGAAACUGAAGGAGUUAGAUGGUUAUGUAGGUUUUGCCAAUCUCCCAAAUCAAGUUUACCGAAAAGCUGUCAAAAAAGGUUUCGAGUUCACCAUUAUGUUAGUAGGUGAAUCCGGUCUUGGAAAGUCAACGUUGCUCAACUCAAUGUUCCUAGCGGAUAUUUAUGGUCCAGAGUAUCCAGGUCCAUCGCAUAGGAUUAAGAAAACAAUAAUGGUUGAAACACAGAGAUGUUUGCUGAAAGAAAAUGGAGUGAAUCUCGUCCUCACUGUGGUAGAUACACCAGGUUUUGGUGAUGCUGUUGACAACUCUAACUGUUGGCAACCUGUUAUUGAAUUUGUUGAAUCAAGGUAUGAUGAAUUCCUCAACUCAGAAUCUCGGGUAAACCGGAAACCACAGCCUGACACGAGGGUACACUGCUGUCUCUACUUCAUUGCACCCUCAGGACAUGGUCUUAAACCUUUAGAUGUAGAAUUCAUGCAGAGACUGCAUGAAAAAGUAAAUAUUAUUCCUAUCAUUGCCAAAGCUGACACGCUUACGCCCGAUGAAUGUACACAAUUCAAAAAACAAAUUUUAAAUGAAAUAGCGCAACAUAAAAUCAAAAUAUAUGAGUUUCCAGAAACAGAUGACGACGAAGAUGCCAAACAAAACAAAAUUCUGCGAGAUCGUGUUCCUUUUGCAAUAGUUGGUUCCAAUACAGUGAUAGAAGUCAAUGGAAAGAAAGUCCGGGGUAGGAAGUAUCCUUGGGGAAUCGCAGAAGUGGAAAAUUUAGAGCACAAUGAUUUCAUUGCCCUACGAAAUAUGUUACUACGCACACAUUUACAAGAUUUGAAAGAUGUGACAAAUAAUGUUCAUUAUGAAAACUUCAGGUGUCGUAAAUUGGCAGUUCUUGGCCCAGAUGGCAAACAAGGACAAGGUUUCAACAUUUUCUGCCCGCAAGGAGUCAUUGACAACACUUUCAUGACUGUUUGGAACCCGCUUGCUCAAUUAGAGGAGGAGAAACGUGAACACGACAUUCGAAUCAAGAAACUGGAAGUAGAGAUGGAGCAAGUCUUUGAAAUGAAAGUUCGAGAAAAGAAACAAAAAGUUAAGGACUCAGAACUUGAUCUUCAAAAACGGCAUGAACAAAUGCGCAAAAAUUUGGAGCAACAAAUUAGAGAACUAGAAGAUAAAAAGAAUGCUCUAAAAGCAGAAAUACUAGACUGGGAGAAUAUGAAUGGUGUAAAAUUGGACGACCUCAGGCGUAGAAGUCUUGAAAGAGAUCAAGGGGACGGUAAAGAGAAAAAAUCAAAGAAGAAAGGCCUCUUCCAUUCGUAAGCCUCAAAGGCUGAAAUGAUUCAUGUUAAAAUUCCAUCUGCUGCGCACCAUGAGGUUCUCAGCGGGAAGAUGGAAGCAACCUAAUCUGUAACAAAUGUGAAUAAUUUUUUUACCAUUACUCUGUCCAUAAGUUUCCUUAUUUUAUCUUAAGACAUUCUCAGUAAGGUAUUUAUUCAUCUCAUGCAACAAAGCCAUUUUUCAAGGAGGUUUGUUAGCUUUCCUGUUCUUGUCAAGCUUUUGACGCAAAUUUCUUGAUUACUAAUCAGAGGUGUGUGUUUCAACUCAUUUUUUUUUGUGCCCAUCUUUCCAUCAGUUUUUCAUUUAUUUAUUUGUGUCCCCCUCCUCCCCUCUACCCAAAACAAAUUUUUAAAUGCUUAUGAGAUACGCAACUAGUUGUAUAGAUCUUAUGUUAUCUUAUAGAUUUUUUGAUAAGAUCUCUCUCUAAUUGUACUCUCACUAUGUCUGGAAAAGAUUUAGGCGGAUGAUUUAGCCUCUACCUUGCACUGAGAUGAUUGUCCCAUUUCACAAACUCUCGUGUUUAGUAAGCUCGUUAUGUUGCGCAACAAGUCUUGACUCAUUCUGACUUACACUGGAAGUUGCUAAUAAUUUCCUUUGUGAUAUUUUUUUCUUUUUUUCAACGUAUGAACAAUCAAGUCAUAGUCCUUUUAAGUUUUAUUCAGGAUUGGAGAAUUCAUCGACCUCCUUUCUCCUUCAUUGGAAUUCCAUUUCUAAGUAGAAUUUCUGUCUACUGCUAAAAAUUUUAGUAUGUUUGUUAGUAAUUUUUUGACUCUUAGUGCCAGUUAGGCAGUGCCACAACUUUCUCUGAACUAUUUAACGUGAUUCUGUAUUUGCUGGGGCCAUAAUAUUUGGUUUAGGUACUAUGACAAAUCAACGAAGUAGCUUUAGUAUUCCAAAGCAAAUUUCUCAAUUAUUCUGAAAAAAUAUUGGUGAUUUAGUGAAUUAAGCUUUAACUCAUAAUACUCAUUUAUAUUUAUGAAGUUCUUUAUGCAUAAUGUGAAUUGUUAUUGUUAUCAUACAUUUUGGAAGCGCUCAAGAUUUUAUCUCCUCUCUUCUUUUGGAAUCCAAAAUCUUGCCAAAAUAAUAUAAUUUUCUGAUUCCCGCAAGAACUUAUUAGAAUAACCUCUGAGCAUGCAGAGGUCCUCCUUGAGGGUAGAGAGACCUUUCGUUUGGUAUGUAUUCAUUUUUUCCCUCGCGCCUCAAAACUAUGCAAUAUUUUCAAACCCAGUCUAGAAAAUUUUGAUCACUCACCUGCGUUGUUUGAACUCCUGUUUCUGACAUGCAUUUGUAUGAUUUUAAAUUAAUUGCCUUCAUUCAAUAAUGGUAUGCUAAGUUGACAGUAUAGUAAAUUUAACUGAAUUUAAAGUUUUGAAAUCAUUACUAGGUAAAGUAUAGAUUGGACAUUACUAAAAUCAAAGAAUUCCGAAACAUUGGAGCAGCUUCUAAUUAAUGACAUUUUAAUGACUAGUUUUACUCGGUAGUAUCAGCCAGAUCAGAGGUAUAGAGUCAAGUUCUUUCAGUCUUGAUUUCUCAACCAAUCCUUCUUGGACUCUUUUUUUUCUAGGUAGAAGAGACCAAGAAGUCAAAACCAGCAUUUGGAAUUUUUAUUCUGCUGCUUAUUCGAUUUUCAUUUUCUUGUCCCUCGCGGUAGAGGAAGUCUUGUCGUGUAUAAUUUCUCGUGUAUUGUGAAGGCGAAAGUAAGCUGUCAAUAACACAAAACCGAAAAAUUAAAAACAAAAACCAAACAAAACGAACCCACUACAUUUGUAUCUCAGAAACCUGCAGAGUAUUGCAUUUACUAUUUAUCUUGCUUAAAUGUACAUUCCAAGAUAUUCUUUCCAAUUUUCAAGUGCAAUCAUUGCAUAUUCCAGUCCAUUGAUGUCUUAUUCUUUCAACUUUUCAAUUCAACUUUCAUAAAUGCAUUUCAAGUAUGACUUUUUAAACAAGCUCAAAUUAUCAUAUAGAAGGAUGCCUUUCUGCCAAUUACAGGGUGUCUAGUGUCUACAGACUCUGCGGAGAAAAGUGCCCUGACUUUCUACAUAAUCAAUCCACACGCAAAGAGCUGAAAUGUAGAAAUUUUUGGCAUUCAUUUUAUGCAAUCUGUGAAGCUUUUUUUUGUCGGAUAUUAAUUGUUAUAUAAAGUAACUAGGAUUGCUAUUUCUUAUUAAAAUUUAUUCUUCUGUUCACUAUCAAGAUUAAAACUCGGAGCAUUGAACCCCGAAUCAGACCAAGAUUCAGUUUGAUUGUGUGGACAGCCCUGAUGUUUUUUAAGAUUUUAAAUUUCUAGAUUUUUCAAAUUUUCAGUCUUUCCUUACAAUUCUCAAACUUUUACCGGUUUUCUAGACUUGUAGACACCCUAAAUUAGCAAGUUCCUAUUUCACAAUGUUCUUUGUUCUUUUCCCUGCCCCGCAAUAUUUCAUCAGAUAUGUUGCCCAUCAGCUAAGAUCAACAUGUUUCAGUUCAUAAAGUUUAAACCAAAAGUGAAGGAUAAAAAUUUCAGUAUUUUUUAAUAUCUUUGAAUAUCUAGAUCUGGAUAAUAAUCUUGUUAUGUGUAUUACCGACAGAAAAGACGCAGCCAGAACUUAGGUUUAUUAGAGACUAGACCGCUUCUAGUCAUGACUUUUGAAGUCUUUAUGAUCCAAUAUGUAAAAUUGCGUUACAUCUGAAUAAUAUCUAUGUUUAACUAUUGCUCUAAUGUUCUUUACAUACCUCUUAGUUGCUAAUAACUCUCAUUGGUAGAAAAGAGGGUAGUGCCCUUAGUUUCAACAUUAUUGCAAGUCCAGCCAUGAGCUCUUGAAUUAACAAGUGAUGCUGUGAUGUCUGUAAAUACUUUGCCCAUGCCCUGGUUUAAUUUUCAAGUAAAGAUAUCUUAUUUGUAAAGUAUGAAACACUGUUCUAACAUUAGUUGCUUUCAUUCUGUACAUUAUGCAUCUUACUUAUCUCGUGUAAAUGUCUCGAAGUAGCUGCUUCUCUUUUGUUCUAUAAAUUCAAUUUACUGUCACUAAAAGAGCACCUAGUUGCGAGGAAAUAGCUAGUUUCGAAAUCUUACUAAAGUAAGACCCUUCAUAAUGCUUCUGAAAAUACCUCUCAGCAAUUGAUAAUAAGGCUCCCUCAAGUUUACUUCAUCUUCUUUCAUCUAUAAAUAAUCAUGUACAAAUACUUUAUAAAUUAUUACUUCCACUUAUGCAAGUCUUCUUAAUUUUUUACUAUUAAAAUACAUCUGAUCUUUUUUAAGUCACCUAAUGAACUCACCAAUUACUAUUUUUUUAUGAUCGAAUUGGUGCCAUUUUAAUUUAAUUAUUGUUUUUAUUUUUUUACACUUUGUUAAUUAGUUCAUUGUGUCUCUCCUACCCAUAUGUGUCCCGCCCACAAACUGUCUUGUUUCGCAUUAUUCCCAUUUGUCCAUCCUCUUCCGUUGAAAGUAUUGCUUCAGAUCCUGGUUUGUUCUCUCGCUACUUUAUAGAUGACCUCCAUGUAUGUAGACACUAGGAACUUACAAUUAAUGGUUUAGCUUUUUCCAACGAUCUUCUCCAUAAUCUUUAAUCUAUUAUCCAAACCAGUCCCAGAGAGAGACUGCACCAAUAAUGACCAAUGGAUUGAAGAGCACUCUCAGGAAAAUAACAGUAUCAUAUUUGCUAAAAUAUAUGUUUCCAAUUUCAAAAUUUAAUCUGCUGUAAGAUUGUUCAAAAAGGUUUUCUGACAUUAGCUCUAUGAGAACUAGGAUCAUCUAUUAAAAGUUUUUCCAGCCCCAGCAUAAGUUUGGGUGUACUACUUGUCUCUUCUCAAGUAUGUGGAAGACAAGUCGAUUUAUCAUUUAUAUUGGAGCUAGACUUUCAAGUUUAAUUUUAUGGUUCAUAUUAUGAAAGCAUGCAUUUGAAUGUUCUCCCUUGGGUUCUGUACAAUUUAGGGUUACCAAUCUCUAUAGUUGCCCAAAAUUUUAUCUGAGCCUUUCUUUUCCCCAUCCUGUUAUCCUGCCACCGUUAUUUAUUUCCCUAUUCAAAUGGUAUAAAUAGUUAAAUUGAGUGUUUGUUGUGUGUUUUUAAAGUCGUACAAGUUACUAAAAUAAACUUCAAUAAUCAUACGUUCAAA